CAUUGUCCCACAGUGCAAACAUUACAUAACCUCGAAAGUGUGGUUUGACAGUACAAAAAAAACUUCGAAGGCACGGAACCAGGUCGCGUUUGUUUUUAGUAUAAAAUCCGGAUUUUCCUGAGUAAAAUAAUGGCACUGCGACAGAUCGUCCCGUGGUUGGUUCGCCGAAACCCGAUUCGUCACUUUUCCGCCAACAUGUACGAGCCGCCGUACCUGGAGAAACUCCGCCCCAAGCACCCGCUGUACAGCACGCUCAACGUCACCGUCAAGGGCUACGACUACCCGCUGCUCGAGAGCUACCAGCGCUUCAUCCACAACGUGGCCGACACCAUGGACCUGGAGAUUGCCGACUGCUGGGCGCAGCCGCCGCAAAAGUUUAACGUACAAAAGUUCAAACCCGCCUCGGCCAUCGUCGAGACCGACUACAAGCUGACGGUGUACGAGCGGGUGGUGCAGAUCGCGAACCUGCAGGCGCCCCUUUACCCGAUGUUUGUGCGCGUGCUGCAGGGGGCGCUGCCCGAGGGCGUCACGCUGGCGGUGAGCGAGCACACGGGCGAGGUGGACGAUGCCCGAUACGUUCCAGACAAGGACCUGCUCGACCUGAAGCAGAAGCUGGACGAGAUGGGCGGCGCGAGGGAUGCCAAGAAGUAGGAAUGGGUUUCGGUUGUAGAAUACAUUUGUAAAAAUUA